AUGUGCACUAGCAGGUGUUUUGCAGCUAGCAGCUACGAUGCUGGCCUGCCGCGACACUUCUGCGGGGGCGGAUACUUCGGCCAGUCUGCUGACCUCACCAGUAUCCAGGCGCAUCGACACGUGGAUGGUCUUUUCGACUCACCACCUGGGGGCACGAUGACGUCAGGACGCAUGCCCAGAAGGGAUCAGCUGUAUGCUAUAAAAGCAUACCCUUCGCCUACCAGCUUCAGUGGACACGGCAGCACCGCCGUGACGAUGUCGCCUGACGUGCCGCUGUUCAUGCAGGUUCUCUGCGCAUGCCUUAGUCUCAUCGCUGGAGGCGCUGCGAAACCCUUCGACGCUGGAAACAUCAUGCUUCGCUACGAUGCUGGCCUGCCGCGACACUUCUGCGGGGGCGGAUACUUCGGCCAGUCUGCUGACCUCACCAGUAUCCAGGCGCAUCGACACGUGGAUGGUCUUUUCGACUCACCACCUGGGGGCACGAUGACGUCAGGACGCAUGCCCAGAAGGGAUCAGCUGUAUGCUAUAAAAGCAUACCCUUCGCCUACCAGCUUCAGUGGACACGGCAGCACCGCCGUGACGAUGUCGCCUGACGUGCCGCUGUUCAUGCAGGUUGGUGACCGAAAAAAUGGCUUCCGUAGUGAUGUUCUUGGUCUUAUAGUGCUGUCGUGUCCGCAGGCUGUCGUUGACUCUAUAUGCGACUGUUUUUCUAUUGCGGCCCUGUUGUUGAGUCUCUCUGGGGACGUGGAGGAAAAUCCAGGUCCAAUAACAGAAGUAAUGUGCAGGGAAAUGCUCCAAAACCAGAAAGACAUUUUGUCUAAACUCACUGCGGUUCAAGACAAGCAAGACUCGUUUGAAACAAGAAUUUUAGACAUGCAGAACCGGAUUCUUCUUAUCGAGAGUAAGGUACAAAGCUUAGACGAGACUCAGAACAGGCUCGCAACUCUUGAGGGAAUUGUAGCUAACCACAGCGUUGAAACAUCUACUCUGGUAAAACAUCUGGAUGAUCUGGAUAAUCGUUCACGACGAAAUAAUCUUAUCAUUAGAGGAAUUAAAGAAGAUGACCACGAAAAUGAAGAGACCCUAUUAAGCAAAGUAAAGGACGAAAUCUUCAGCGCUACUCUGAAAGUGAAUGUAUCUUCUAUUGAACGAAUUCAUAGGUUAGGCAGGAGGAUUUCUGGUAGAACUCGACCAGUUAUCCUGAGGGUGGCAGACUAUAGGGAUAAAAUGACAGUUUUGCAGAACUGCACAAAACUGAGAGACACAGAUUACAGCGUAAGCGAAGAUUUCUCUAAAAGAGUACAGGGAAUAAGAAAAAAGCUAUGGGCCUCGGCGAGUGAGGAGAAGAAGGCAGGAAAGAAGGUAAAGCUGCUUUUUGAUAAAUUAAAAGUAAACAAUACGCUGUACAGCUGGAAUGAAGAACGUGAGGAAAGGUGCAAACUGCGAACUGAUGCAGGAGCAAGUGAUAAUUGACGCGUGCAGGGCCAACAUGCUGGUUUCAAAAUAAUCAACGUAAAUGCAAGAAGCCUGAUAAACAAAGCGCAUGCGCUUGAAGCUCUAGUUAUUGAUCACGCUCCUGACAUUGCUGUAAUCACUGAAACCUGGUUGCAUAAAAAUAUAAUCGAUAGCGAAAUCGCGCCACCCGGAUAUUCGCUGGUUAGGAGGGAUCGAGAUGGAAGAGGCGGAGGCGUGGCCAUUUUGGUGAAACGAAAUAUCAUAUUUUCCACUUUAGAAGUACCAGGAAAUAUUGAGGCUGUAUGGAUUACUACAAAAUUGAAUAAUCGCACUGUAUUCAUCGGAGCGGUAUACAGGCCUCCGAACUCCCCAGUAGAACAGAUUAUGCUGCUAAGAGAAUUCAUGGAAACGCACGUGAAAGAGCAAGAUAGUAUACUGUUACUAGGUGAUUUUAAUCUCCCUGCUAUUGAUUGGGAUUCAUAUGUAGUCGGUGACACAGAUGUUACAUCUUCUGAGUUGUUCUUGGAUUUAAUAUAUUCAUACAAUUUAACCCAGCUUGUUAACCAAUAUACUAGGGAGUGUGCAACAAGGUCAUCUGUACUUGAUCUUAUACUAAUUUCAAAUGCUUUGACACCGCAUGUGAUUGACUGUCUUGUUGAUGAAGGGCUAUCUGACCACAAAAUGGUUAUUCUGUCCAUGAACAUGUCAUCGUACCCUUUGCACCAGGAUUCAAGCAUCCAAUAUCUAAACUUUCAAGCAGCUGAUGAUGUUAGUGUCUUG